AUGCCGCUGGUGAAGAGGAACAUCGAGCCCCGUCACCUCUGCCGAGGGGAGCUCCCCGACGGCAUCGGCAGCGAGCUCGAGUGUGUGAUGAACAACACGCUCUCUGCCAUCAUCCGUCAGCUCAGCAGCCUGAGUAAACACGCGGAGGACAUAUUUGGCGAGCUGUUCAACGAGGCCAAUACCUUCUAUCUGCGUGCCAACUCUCUCCAGGACCGCAUCGACCGGCUGGCCGUCAAGGUCACACAGCUGGACUCCACCGUGGAAGAAGUUUCCCUACAAGAUAUCAACAUGAGGAAAGCUUUCAAGAGCUCCACCACUCAGGACCAGCAGGUGGUGUCCAAGAGCAGCGUGCCCAAUCCUGUCCGAGAGAUGUACAAUCUGAGUGACAAGCCUCCGCCUCUCAACAUCCUCUCAUCCUAUAGGGAUGACCACAAGGAAGCACUUAAAUUCUACACGGAUCCGUCCUACUUCUUCGACCUGUGGAAGGAGAAGAUGCUGCAGGACACGGAGGAUAAGAGGAAAGAGAAGAGGAAGCAGAAGGAGCAGAGGCGCUGUGUGGAUGGGACGUUACAGAGGGAGGUAAAGAAGGUCCGAAAGGCAAGGAACCGUCGGCAGGAGUGGAACAUGAUGGCUCUGGAUAAAGAGCUGAGGCCGGACCAUCGACACACCAUACACAGAGACAGAGGGGCUUCCUCCGAGGGCUCAAUGUCACCGGAGAAUAGGGGUCACGGUCUCGAUCCGCACCAUUACCCCAACUCCAUGAACCAUGCCGGCCACGCCCACACAUACUCCGGCCCGCCGCCCAGCAUCCUGGCUGCCCAGAUGGCUGCAGGACACGGCCCCCGUGGAGGAGGCGAACAUGAUGGUAGAGGAAGGACUAUGAUGGCCUAUCAGGGUGGGACACUGGGACGUUCUCACCACCAACAAGUCCCGCUGCCUCCCCCACCCACUGAGGCUAUGAACGGUGGCUCCAUGUCCCUUCCACCAAUGGACUACAGCAUGGACGGCUAUGCCAACACCGGCCCACCUCCCCCACCCCCAGCUCCUCUCAUUCCUUCUGCCCAAACUGCGUUCGCCUCACCGCCCGGAGGUCCCAUGUCUCCCGGAGCAAUGGCUGGCGCUGGCGGCUACGCUCCGCCUCCACCACCUGUAUCUGGAGCCCAUGCAGCUCCACCUCCCCCCGGGCCUCCACCUCCUCCCCUUACAGCUGGUGCCUCCCACUUCACAGUCCACAAGCUGACCUCCUCCUCUGCUCCUGCUGAGACCACAGUGGUCAACGAUGCCCGCAGCGAUCUGCUGGCUGCUAUACGUAUGGGCAUCCAGCUGAAGAAGGUGCAGGAGCAACAGGAGCAGCAGGCGAAGAGGGAGCCGGUUGGCAACGACGUGGCCACCAUCCUGUCGCGACGCAUUGCUGUGGAAUAUUCCGACUCCGAAGACGACUCCGAGUUAGAGGAGAACGACUGGUCGGAUUAACAUAACAAUUAAAAAAACAAACAAGGAUAGACCACUGAAGAUACACGCACACAUUAUAAGACACACUCACUUGAAAGAAUGCCCACUGUACCACACCCACAAGUUAUCACAGACUUUGUUGCUGAAAACACACACACACACACCUACACUCUAUCACAUGCUGUAGGUUGAUAUAAGCUGAAUGGUCCAAAACUGGAAAAUCUGGGGGUGUAUUCAAGAUGCAUAAACACUGUAAAGACACUAGUAAUAUACUGUAAUGCUGACCACUCUCUGAAACAUUAACAUUGAGUUUAGAAAUAUAUCUCAGAGCAUUGUGAAUACACCCCGGUGGCUGUUUCUCUACCUGUUAUAACACUAUAGACACCCUGUGAAGGUGCUUAAUUCAUGUAUAGUCAAAGCUUGGGAGUGUUAGAAGAAAUAGAAACCUUCCUCUUGAGCUAACCAAUGUACCUGUCUUUUUAAAAAAAAUGUUUUUACUGAAACACUCGCUGUAGAUUACGAUGGUGAGUUUUUAACACGACGAUAGCUGAAAGUGAAGAAACGGACGAGCUCAGUGGAGGCUGCUGUCGAUAAUAAUAA